UCGCGAGCUCUUCAUAUAAGCGUAGUGACGUCUACCGGCCGGACGCGCUCUUGCGUAAAACCGAAAUAUUGUUAUGAGUUCUUAAUACUGUCGCCGGUCCUUUUCUAGUUUUUUUAUAUUUCUUUCGAAUCACGACAAGCGAUCCGACACCGUAAUAACAUCGUUUCGACUGAGAACCGCGACCAUAUGAAAUGGGAGACGAGAACAACGGAACCGGUCCGGACGCACAACGACAAUUUCGUCUGCAGCCACGGAAACAAUACAGCGUGCGCAUCACCGACAACAAUGACCGGCCUACGUGGUGGUCGUCGCUGUUGUCCUGGUCCGAUAAGCGGUGGCCGGCAACUGCGGCGGACGCUGUCGCUGUCUUAUUGUCCGCGGCCGUGGCCUGGUGUCUGCUUCUCGUGAACGUGUCGCCAGGGCUGAUGGCAGUGCCCGGUGGUAGCGUGGCGUCCAUAUUCAUGCUGUACGUGGCCGGGCUGGCCGCCGGCCAUGCGGUCGACGUGGUGGGCGGCCUCCCGCCACUGCUAGGCAUGAUGGUGGCCGGCAUCGCUCUCCAAAACUUAGGAAUGUACACCGUCACCGCCAACUGGUGCAUCAACCUGGUAGCAAUCAUGCGAGAGGCUGCGCUGUCGGUGAUCUUGAUCAAAGGUGGCUUGGAAAUGGAUGCGGGACAGUUGCUUCGACUCAGCGGUGCCGUGACCAGACUGGCGCUGUUGCCGUGUGUGGCCGAAGCAGCGGCCGCGGCCGUGGCCGCUCAUUACAUUUUGCCCAAUUUCUCUUGGGAAUGGGGUCUGAUUCUCGGGUUUGUCUUAUCAGCCGUCAGUCCGGCUGUUUUAGUGCCGAACCUGUUAAAACUGAAACAAAUGGGUUACGGUGAAAAAAACGGCAUCAAUACGCUGGUGAUAGCUGCGUCAAGUUUAGAUGAUAUUGUGUCAAUCAGCGCUUUUGGUGUCUUGUUGGGCAUCGUUUUUUCAACUGGCAACUUGACCAGUAAGAUCGUUCAAGGACCCGAAGAUGUUUGCAUUGGGACGGCGUUGGGACUUGUGUGGGGAUUCCUCUUGAUGUUCGUGCCGUCCGCACCGUGGGCAAAUGUGUCUUAUAAUACCCAAAAAGGCAAACACGAUGACGGGGAAAAUGAUGAAAAACAAACGGACCGGUCGGUGACAGCCAUGAGAGCGUUUCUGUUGGGUGCCGGUGGUAUUCUGGCCGUGACCGGAAGUCAGUGGUAUGGGUAUCCCGGGGCCGGUCCUUUGGCUUGUAUCAUAUCGUCGUUCGUGGCGGGCACUGGUUGGAAGUGGAGAGAAAAAAAGCAAAACAGUCUGGCCGUAGUUUCGACACCCGACGAAAAAGACGACAAAAAAGCAAACCCGGUUGAAGCGGUGUUCGAGAACAUUUGGUUCGGGGUCCAGCCGAUUCUGUUUGCGUCCAUUGGCACUGAAGUCAAAUUCGAACUUCUCAGGGGUGGUGACAUUAUCGUUGCUGGGCUAUUGGUACUCGUUGCCGGAUUGAUAGUUCGUUUAAUUGUGACGUCGUGUGCAGUUUGGGGAGCAGGAUUCAACAUUAAAGAAGUGAUAUUUAUUAAUAUCGCUUGGCUUCCCAAAGCAACUGUCCAGGCCGCACUUGCUCCCGUAGCGUUGGACAUGGCGAGAAUGAUGGGGACAGAAAAGGACGUAGAAAGUGCUAGUCGAUUGUUAACCAUCGCUGUAAUGUCCAUACUAGUUACAGCCCCUAUAGGGGCAUUUGGUAUUCAAUGGUUCGGUCCCAGGUUGUUGUCCAACUCCAGGCGAUAACUAUAAACUGUUGUAUUGGAAUGUGCUAAAUACUAAUUUAAUAUGCUCACUUGUGUAUUUAUUGUUUAACCAUUUGUUGAAUUAAUUGUAUUUAUAACAUAUUAUGUAGUGAUAUUAUACGACUGUACUUUAAAAGUAUUGCAAAAAAAGAAAAGCAAAAAGUAUAUUACUUAUAAGUUAUAAUCACAUAAACGGAAGCCCGUUUGGACAAAAUCGCUUUAUUGAACUACAUAUAUAUCCAAUGAAAUCACGUAAUUAUCGAAUUAUGUAACAAUAUAAAUAAUACAAUAAUUGUUUUUAUUAAUGA